AUGAAGAACGUAUUAAAUUCUAUUAAUUCCUUAACCACGGCCGCCGCUCCCCACUCUCCUCCACGCAAGUUUCCCACUUCCGGGUUUGUGGUACUAGACGCGACAAAGAAGAUCGAGGAAGAAAAUGUCCCCUCUUACGUCCCAGAAGAUUAUUAUCCAGUUUAUAUCGGUGAAGUGUUCGGGUCUAGAUACCAGGUUGUGACAAAACUAGGAUUCGGGGUGAAUUCCACGGUGUGGCUGUGCAGAGAUCUUAGUAACCCCAUCGAACAUCCUGGGGAAAAAAUGGUCCGAAGCGUCCUUGAUUCAUUUGACAUCACCGGUCCUAAUGGAAAUCACAAAUGCAUGCUCUAUCAACCACCAUUUCUGCAACUUCUUCCUCAGAAUAGGUUUCCAAAAGAUCUUACCCAAAAGAGCGUUCAACUCCUCCUUAUAGUCCUAGAUUAUUUACAUCGGUGCCAUGUCGUCCACACUGAUCUGUCACCAAAUAACGUGCUCCAAAGGAUUGAGGAUGAGUCGAUCCUUUCCCAGAUGGAGCAAGGCGAACUGGAACGGCCCAUCGCCCGGAAGAUUCUUAGCGAUCGCAUUAUCUACAACUCGCGACCGAUGCCGUUCAGUGCAGGCCAACCAGUCCUCUGUGAUCUUGGUGAGGCUAGAGCUGGUACCCAAAAACACAGAGGCGACAUUAUGCCUGGAAUUUAUCGCGCCCCAGAGAUUAUUUUGGGAAUGGAUUGGGAUUCUAAACUGGAUAUCUGGGCGAUUGGUGUUAUGAUGUGGGGUCUUCUUGAAGGCGGCCAUUUAUUCUUCGCAAAGAGAAAUAGAAUACUAGAUGAUGAACAGCACCUUGCAGAAAUGGUUUCACUUUUGGAGCCUCCACCUCUAGAAUUCUUGAAACGGAGUGAAAAGUGCUAUCAAUACUGGGACAGUCAAGGAAAUUGGAAAGGUUCCGUUCCCAUUCCUGAUCAAUCUUUCGAAAUCCGUGAGCAUUUGCUACAUGGGGAAGACCGGGCUCUUUUCGUACAGUUCUUGCGCAGAAUGUUAUGCUGGAUGCCAGAGGAGAGGCCCGUUGCGGAGGAGCUGGCUUUUGACGAGUUUUUGAUGCAGCCAUGAGCUAUUGGAUGUCUUUUUUAUUCGC